AUGAGUAUCGUCUUCGAAACAUCGCGCCAGGCUCCUUACCUUGGCGGAGAAGACAGCUAUCCGCCCAUCGACCAGGCCGGCGACGAGGUCGAACGGUACGACGAGGAGGCGGUUGGAAACAAUGUCGGUGUUGGCAUGAGCGAUGUUGGCGAUGUAAGCGAGCUUGCUGCAGCCGUGGCCGGAGGCUACCACGCGCCCGACUCAUCCAUACUCGAGAGCGAGUCGUCGCGUCUCGUCGUGGACGAGGUCGUCGGAGCCGGAGAGGAUCACGACCAUCACCAACACCAAGUCUCCGCGAAUAUGGCAGCGACAGCUGCAGCAGCCUCUGCUGCGGCCCAGAUGCACGCCAAGUCCAAGGCCUCGGCGCGGAGAGCAUCGUAUGACUCAUCCAUAUCGCCUCCACAUUCCCUGGGUGAGGCAACAUCGUCCAUCCAUGGAUCGCGAAUCAAGCCUAUUCCCAAGCCCGACCGGGACAUCUACAGGAAUCCAAAAGGAAAGUUCCAGUGCACAUGGCCCGACUGUACCGAAGAAGCCCAGGAAUUUUCACGCAAAUGCGAGUACAAUAAGCACAUGGAUAAGCAUGAGCGUCCCUACCGCUGCACAGCCGAGGGGUGUGAGAAGCUGCCUGGAUUUACCUACUCGGGCGGCCUGUUGCGACACGAGCGCGAAGUUCACAACAAGCAUGGAGGGCCGCGCAACCCGCUUCACUGCCCUCACCCCACCUGCAAGCGCCAUGCAGGCAAGGGCUUUUCGCGGCAGGAGAAUCUCAACGAACACCUGCGGCGCGUGCACACGACUACCGGCAGCAGCGUGGUCGGCGUCGACCUGCCUAUGGAUAGUGGCAAUGCGCUGUCUGGCCUGGCCGAUCUGCGGCCCUUGGCAGCUGUUGUGGAUGCAUCUGGACAUGGGGGCAACCCCACCACGUUGUCGGCGGCAGCAGCGGCAGCAGCAGCAGCAGUCGUGUCGGAAGCCCUUCCGUCCUCUGUCAUGCGUGGCGACGAAAACGACGACGACAGGGCAAUGGAGGGCCUGGGACUGCUGACGGGGCAUUCGCAAGUCCAGGUGCACCCAAGGAGACGCAAGCGGACGGCGUCUUUUCUGGGCGAUGUCGAGGGCGAUCACGGCCACUACGAUCUGCGAGAAGAAGUCAAACGGGCAUCGACCCUGACCGACGUGCUGGCUUGA